AUGGACAGUGUUGUACUAUACUCGUUUUUGCUGCAAGUUGACAACAAUCAAUUAACAUGUAUCGACGACAACGCCUUGCGAACCAUGAAAGAUUUGGAGAUUUUAACGCUUAACAACAACAAUCUAACAUGGCUAGGCAAGGACAUGUUCAGCAACAUGUUUCGACUACGCACCCUGCGUUUGAGCGAAAACCUCUUUCAUUGCGAUUGUCAGCUAUCUUGGUUGGGCAAAUAUUUGAGACACUCUCCAAGACUUGCUCAGUAUACAAGAUGCCAUUCUCCCAGCCACCUUAAAGCACAAGCUAUUGUCGAUCUUCAAGAGAGGGAAUUUAAAUGUUCAGGCUUAGUUGAACGCGCAAUUAGUGGUGAAUGCACUAGUGAACCACAAUGCCCUCAUCCUUGUAGAUGUGCUGAUGGAAUUGUUGAUUGUAGACAAAAAGGCCUAACAAAAGUUCCUGAUCAUCUUCCAGAUGGUAUAACAGAACUGCGUUUUGAACAAAACGAAAUUACCGAAAUACCACCGAAAGCAUUUGUUGUUCACAAACGACUGCGUAGGAUAGACUUAAGUAAUAAUAAAAUAUCGAAGAUUGCCCCAGAUGCCUUCCAAGGACUAAAAGCCUUAACAUCGCUAGUCUUAUACGGUAAUAAAAUUAAGGAUUUGCCUGCUGGGGUGUUCCAAGGAUUAGUAUCCCUACAACUAUUGUUGUUAAAUGCUAACGAAAUAUCUUGUAUUCGAAAAGACACCUUUAGGGAUCUACAUAGUUUGAGUUUGCUUCAUCUGGCGAGGAAUCCCUUCAUUUGUGACUGUAAUCUGAAAUGGUUAGCGGAGUAUCUUCACAAAAAUCCGAUAGAAACGUCUGGGGCGAGAUGCGAAACGCCCAAACGAAUGCAACGAAGAAGGAUAGAAUCGUUGAAAGACGAAAAGUUUAAAUGUAAGGGUCAAGAAGAAUUUAGGACAAAGUUUGCUGGAGAAUGCCUGAUAGACAAUGCAUGUCCAUCGGGUUGUUCUUGUGAUGGAACGAUAGUUGACUGUUCAGGAAGAGAGUUAAAGGAGAUUCCAAGAGACAUUCCGUUAUAUACAACAGAGCUGAAUUUGGUCCAAAAUCCUUUCAUGUGCAACUGUCAUCUAGCAUGGUUUUCCGACUGGUUAAAAAAUAAAGGUUUAAGUGGUUCACCUCCAAGAUGUGCCGGUCCUGAUAGAGUCAAAGACGUAUUGAUACGGGAACUGCCUAAAACGGAAUUCAAAUGUUUAAGUGAUAGUGACCAAGGCUGCUUAGGAGAAAAUUACUGCCCUCCUAUGUGUUCGUGUACAGGAACAGUAGUUCGAUGUUCUAGAGCUAACCUCAAGGAAAUACCCCGUGGAGUCCCACCUGAAACCUCCGAAUUAUACCUAGAUUUUAAUGACAUCGACAGGAUACAGGCUUUAUUCAGAAUAUUAAAAAAGCAUACACUUUCUAAUUAUAACAGUUAUUCCUCCAUAAAUUCUCAAAAUAUUUUCAAUUCUAGGUCCCUCCAUGGCAACCAAAUUUCACUAAUUCCCGAAGGAACAUUUGCUAAUUUGAAAUCUAUAAGUCACAUAGCACUUGGUUCAAAUCCAUUGUACUGCGAUUGUUCCCUUAAAUGGUUAUCUGACUGGGUUAAGGUUGAUUAUGUAGAACCCGGAAUUGCACACUGUGCGGAACCACCAGCAAUGAAGGACAAGUCGAUUUUAUCAACACCUUCUUCAUUUUUCGUUUGUAAAGGAAAAGUCAGCAACGAUAUUUUAGCGAAAUGCGAUGCGUGCUAUACAUUUCCUUGCCAAAACGAAGGGAAAUGCGUCACUAUGUCUGAAGGGGACUUUCAGUGCAAAUGUGCCCCCGGAUAUCAUGGGAAAAAAUGCGAGUUUAUGAUCGACGCUUGUUACGGCAACCCCUGCCGUAACGAAGGGAGUUGUAAAGUGCUGGAGGAGGGGAGAUUCAGCUGUCAAUGCCUCCCUGGGUUUUCCGGAAUGCGCUGUGAACACAACAUCGACGACUGCAUCAACAACAAGUGCGAAAACAACGCCACCUGUGUCGACCUCAUCGCCAACUACCAGUGCAAAUGCCCCGCAGGAUUCAUGGGUGAUUACUGCGAAAGAAAAAUUCCCUUUUGUACUGAACAAUAUAACCCUUGUAAAAAUAACGCUCGUUGCGUUGAUCACGAUUUUUAUUACACUUGCGAGUGUCUACCUGGUUUUAAGGGCGAGAACUGUACCAUCAACGUCGACGACUGUGAGAACCACAUGUGCCAGAAUGGAGGUACAUGUGUAGACGGUGUAAACGAAUAUUUCUGCAAAUGUGCAGGUGAUUACAGUGGAAAAUUAUGUGAAAUAACACCGUUAGUUGCUAUGAUGUAUCCCCAAACGUCGCCGUGUCAACAUCACGAUUGCGUCCACGGCGUUUGCUUUCAACCAUCUGGAUCCAAUGACUAUUUGUGUAAAUGUGCCCCAGGUUACUCAGGAAAACGAUGCGAAUAUCUCACGAGUCUUAGUUUUGUCCAUAAUACAUCUUAUGUGGAAUUGGAACCACUACGAACUAAACCAGAAGCAAACGUUACGAUUAUUUUUGCAACUAAACAAGAAAAUGGAAUACUACUUUAUGACGGCCAUCAGGAACAUUUGGCAGUAGAACUUUUCAAUGGAAGAAUACGUGUUAGCUAUGAUAUUGGGAACUAUCCAGUAUCUACGAUGUACAGAGUUGAUAGAGGUUUAGCGAGAAGUAUUAUAAACGACGGCUCGAAAGAUUAUUUAAGACUAACUACACCAAUGUAUUUGGGGGGAAUACCACCCGAAGCUGGUCACGACGCUUUUACCCAAUGGCAUUUGAGAAACCUUACUAGCUUUCAUGGUUGUAUGAAAGAAGUAUGGAUUAACCACAAACCGGUAGAUUUUGGCAACGCCCAGACUCAACAGAAAGUCCAACCUGGCUGCGGAAUUGUCGACCAAGACCGUGAAGAAGAUGAACAAGAAGAUGAAAUGGAUGAUGAAUGGUCGAAGAACCAGCCAGUCCGCCAGACCCAUGCCUUAGUAAUCACUGUACGUCUCAUCUGCAAUGACGGCACUCGAUAUACCAAAGACAUUGAUAUCGUGCCAACGCCCCAAACAGAGACUCUAUACGUGGACGACGAAGAAAAUCAACCAGUUCACGCCCCCAUGACGCAAGACUUCGAACCCGAACCAGCAACUAAUCAACCAUACAAGUUAACGUUCUAUUACGAUAACGAGAAAAAUCAAAAUAAUGUGAAAAACAUACAAAACGAUGCACCAUUAGAUCCACAGAAAGAUUACGAUGGAUUAGUCGUACAAAGUUACGAUAGUUCAUUUGAAGGAAAAAAAGCAGCCAGAUAUGCGAAAGAUUUCAAUGAACACGGCACUGGUUGCAUGUUGUCAGCGUUCCUUUACUUCGUUACAAUAACGUCUUUCGUAUACUUAGCCAUCCUGUGGAUCAAGCAACGAAUGCACAUGCACGUAGAACAGAUGCAAUGGUGGUAG